UGACUACCUGCAUUCUAUUAUUUGAAGAGUGUGGGACGGACAAUCACCUCCAUUUAAAAAAUAAUAAUAACAAUUAUAUACAACCGUUUCGAUGACUUCUGGGAGACCCGGAAGUUGAUUUGAUUCGGAACAAACCACAGCUUCUUUGUUUAUUUUGUUUUUUAAACACCAAAUUUUAGGGUUCGGUAAUUUUUUUUUUGUUUUGUUCUAGUCAGCUCAAUUAAAGUCAACUAUUAAUUCAUGCACACCAUGAUUAAAAACUAUUUAGGAGCCUUUGAUCAUUUAACUCUGAGCAUUUAAUCUUGAAAGUUUUGACUUCAACCCUUUGGCAGCAUUUGGAGGAAAACCGCUAAGUGGACAACAUCAAGUCAAACGGCCACUGUGGGCGCCGCCACCAGCCGCUAGAUGGCAGUGUUGUCACGGUUUCUGGCUGUGGAGCCUCUCCGGAUGGAGACCUGCAAGUCUGCCUUCCCUCCGUCGUCUGCACUGGAUGCACAGGCAGAAGCAGUGGAGCGCGCGAGCCGCCGUCUUGGCCCUGCUGGUGCUCGCCGCCAUGGCGGCCGAAGGAGGAAAAUCGGACAAACAAGGCAAGAAGGAGCGCAAGUCGGACUGCGGCGAGUGGCAGUGGAGCGUUUGCGUGGCCAACGAGGGCGACUGCGGCCUGGGCACCCGCGAGGGAACGCGCACCGGCACCGACUGCAAGCAGACCAUCAAGACGCAGCGCUGCAAGAUCCCCUGCAACUGGAAGAAGAAGUUCGGAGGGGAGUGCAAGUACGACUUCCAGGCGUGGGGGGAGUGCGACAUGACCACGGGCAAGAAGAACAGGACGGGCGUGCUGAAGAGGGCACUCAUGGACGCCACCUGUGCCCCCACGGUCACGGCCAGUAAGCCCUGCGGGAAGAUUCCCAAGGCCAAGCUGCAAGACGCCAAGAAGCAGAAGAAAGAAGGCAAGAAGCGAGAGCGCGCUCGAAUGGACGAGUGAAGACGACGAUGAAGACCCGGCGGACGGCGACCAGGAGCAGGGCGGAGUCGACGAUGCCCCCAUAGGUUGUAGCGGGAGAACGCCCGUGCAAAUGAGACUCGUAGUGUUUAUAAUUCGUCUUAUCUAGAAACAAAAACAUUAGAUUUAAUCACCAAAUCAGCACCAAUCCACUGGAUUAUUUUAUUCUCCUUUUGCUGCUUUUUAUUUGUUGUUACCUCAAUUUACCCGUUUAAAUUUUUUUUUAAUCCUAUUAAUCCUCAUUCGAGUUAACAUCCCCCCCCCCCAACCCCAAACCCCCUCCCUUCAUUUUCGCAGAAUGCAAAUAAAGGAAUAAAAUGUGAUUAUUUUUUU